AUGGCAGUUUUCCCAGCCCCUUUGCACAGCAGGGGCUUGCAACACCUCAGGAACAGCGUUCUUACCCGGGGCUCUUGGGAUACCCGAGUACAACUGUCUGCAGAAGCCAUAGCGGAAUUGAGGUGGUGGGUAACAAAUAUCCUCCAUUGUCAGGGCAAGCCACUACUAGACAGUCCGAUAGUGCGAAUAAUCCAAACCGACAGCUCCCUACUCCGCUGGGGCGCAGUCUGGAGCACCAGUUCGAUUGACAACCUCUGGAAUCCACAUGAACGUUGUAUGCAUAUCAAUCAGCUCGAGCUGAAGGCAGCAUUCCUAGGUCUUCAGGCCUUUGCCAGGGACCUCAGGCAAGGCUGUGUUCUAAUCCAAAUGGACAGCACAGCUGCUAUAGCUGCCAUCAACAAGCUAGGCAGCGCUCGUUCCCCAGCACUAUCAGCCUUAGCUCGAGAUCUCUGGUCGUGGUGCUUCCAACAAGGGAUUUCAGUGAGAGCAGAACAUCUGCCAGGGAAGCUCAAUACUCUAGCAGAUUGGGCGUCUCGCAAUCAACUGGACAGCUGCAGUUGGCGAUUACUACCAGCAGUGUUUCCCCAGAUUCAGUGCCUGCGGGGACCUCUUGCUAUCGACCUAUUUGCAGACUACACAAAUCACCAGCUUCCCACCUUCUACAGUUGGAAGCCAGAUCCUCUUUCGAGCGGGAUAGACGCCUUCACGAAGGACUGGAGCGGAGCUCCGAAGUACGCGUUUCCGCCAUUUGCCCUGAUAGGCCGAUGUCUUCAGAAGCUUCAAGCUUCCGAAGUGACUUUAUGCAUGGUGACUCCAGUGUGGCCCACACAAGCCUGGUACCCAUCACUCAUCCAAAUGGCAAUAGAUCACCCACGACCGCUCCCUCAUUCCCAGGAUCUGUUAGAGAACAGGGCAGGGCUUGGAGACCCCUUAAUUUUAAACGCUGGGCUCCAACUGGCAGCGUGGAGUGUGUCCAACAGCAACACACUCCAAGUCAGUUUUCACAGUCAGCUGCAAAGCCCAUUGAGUCUGCUUGGAGGCCAGCCACAUGAGCAACCUACACUUCGUGUUGGAAGAAAUGGUCUAGCUGGUGUGGUGGGCACCAAAUUGAUCCGCUUUCUCCCUCUGUAG